AUGGAGCUUCACAGCAACUUUUCUAACUUUACCUUAAUGGUUUCAUUUCUCUUCCUCUUGAUACUAUUCAAAAUAGUUACAAGAUGGAGUACUUCUAAAAACUCUAACUCCAAUUUACCACCAGGACCAUGGACACUGCCCUUCAUAGGGAACAUACAUCAGAUUAUUAGCAGCCCAUUGCCUCAUCAUUCUUUCAAAAUUUUGGCUGAAAAAUAUGGUCCUUUGAUGCACCUAAAACUAGGAGAGGUACCAUACAUAAUAGUUAGUUCACCAGAAAUGGCCAAAGAGAUUAUGAAAACACAUGACCUCACAUGUUGUGAUAGGCCAAACCUUAUGUUGUCCACAAUAUUUAGUUACAAUGCUACUGAUAUGAUAUUCUCUAUACAUGGAGAACACUGGAGGCAACUGAGAAAAAUAUGUGCCAUAGAGCUAUUCAGUGCAAAGCGUGUCCAAUCAUUUAAGUGCAUAAGAGAAGAAGAGGUGUCAGAUCUUGUUAAAUCAAUAGCUGCAAGUGAAGGAUCUGUUGUUAAUCUUACUCAGAAGAUUUCCGAUGUGACGCAUGGGAUAGUGGCGAGGGCAGCUUUUGGAAAAAAGAAUAAACACGCACAAGCAUUCAAAUCAGCAAUUGAUGAAAUAGUAAGUUUGAUGGGAGGAUUUUGUAUUGCAGAUUUGUAUCCAUCUAUUAAAAUGUUUCAAAGGACGAGUACCGCGAAGAAGAAAUUUGAAAAACUUCAUAGAGAGAUUGAUAUGAUAAUGCAAGAUAUUGUCGACGAUCACAAAAAUAUUCAUAGGGAAGUAAGCAAGGAUGAAGAUCUAGUAGAUGCUCUUCUCAAGAUUCAACAAGAAAAUGAAAACUCACAACAUCGCGUGACUGACGUAAACGUGAAAUCAAUCAUUCUGGACAUAUUUGGUGCUGGUACUGAAACAACCUCAGGAAUUAAGUCAUGGUGUAUGUCUGAGAUGGUAAAGAAUCCAAAGGUAAUGGAAGAAGCACAAGCUGAAGUAAGAAGAGUGUUUGAUAAAAAAGGGUAUGUAGAUGAGACAGAGAUACAUAAACUGAUAUACUUAAACUCUGUCAUCAAAGAAACACUCAGGCUACAUCCCAUUGUACCAAUGUUAGUUCCAAGAGAAAGUAAGGAGAGAUGCCAAAUCAAUGGGUAUGAGAUCCCAGCUAAGACAAGGUUCAUGGUCAAUGCUUGGGCUAUAGGUAGAGAUCCAAGGUAUUGGGUUGAAGCUGAGAGUUUUAAACCUGAGAGGUUUCUUAAUAGCCCAAUUGAUUUCAAAGGCACAGACUUUGAAUUCAUACCAUUUGGUGCUGGAAGGAGGAUUUGUCCAGGCAUUGCAUUUGCCUUACCGAGUAUUGAGCUAACUAUUGCUCAGUUACUUUACAACUUUAAUUGGAAGCUUCCAAAUAAUAUGAAGAAUGAAGAACUAGAUAUGACUGAGUCAUUUGGGAUUUCAGCAAGAAUAAAACAUGACCUAUGCUUAAUUCCUAUUGUUCGUCGUCUUUGA